GUCCUGAGAGUGACUGCGAGAGCUCUGGUCGAUGCCCUCAGAACAUGUCUAAUUGGACCAGUCUGUGGUACAUCUGGUUAAUCUUGCUGCCUCUGUUCCUGCUUCUGCUCUGUGGGAUCACAGCGAGCUGCAUCAAGUUCUGCUGCCGAAAGAAGAGGCUGCCAGUGGAAACCUUCUCUAGGCACCCUUAUGAUUUAACAGUUAUUGCUAUUGACAGUGACAGCACUGCCCACAGCACAGUGACCUCAUACAGCUCAUGGCAGUACCCUUUAAGUGCCCCUAUUCCUUCGGUAUUUGUGGAUACGGAUAAGAACACUGUGUCCCUUCCAGCUUACAGUCUCUAUGCAAUGGAGUUGCCACCUUCUUAUGAUGAAGCUGUCCAAAUGGGUAAACAACACAUUGAAGUACCACGGAUAAUCCAGAAAUGCAAUGACAUCCCUGGACAGGUGACAUCUGAUGGGAUCAAUCCCAUCCAGUAUUCACCUGAUACAAGCAACAGAUAUCCAGCAACACAGGCAAAUUCAGGAAAUUCAGAAGAUGCAACACAAGAACAGCUGCAGCUCUGUGACUCGUUUCAGAUGGGGAGUAAAGGAAGGGAAGGAGAGUAAAAGUUAAAGAAGACAUUAAGAGUUUGGUUUUCCAAGUAGGUUAUGAUGGAAAGAUACUUCCUUUCACGCCCUUGUAAUGAUCUGUCAGAUAAAAGAAAUGUUUUCUGUGACUGCUAUUAUCUCCUGGUAAAGCUCCUUCAAGGAUAUGAAAUGAAGUAAAAGGGCAGCAGUUUAAAAAUGCCUAUAAAAGUGGGACAGAGUAAAAGGGCAGCAGUUUAAAAAUGCCUGUAAAAGUGGGACAUGAAUUGCUUGUUCACAUUCUGAUAAAAAUAAUAAAAAUAUUCCUUGUGUCCAG